AUGGUCCACUACAAGUUGUCCUAUUUCCCAAUCCGUUACGCCGGAGAACUUCCCCGCCAAAUCCUCGCUUACGCCGGUCAGGAGUUCGAGGAUAACAGAGUUACACAGGCCAGCUGGCCAGCCCUCAAGCCGAGUAAGUUGAGAGAGAGAAUGGGUUUUCAACUUGACUUCUGGUUUUCAGCGACUCCGUUCGGUCAGAUGCCAGUUCUGGAAGUGGACGGAAAGAUUCUGGGACAAUCGCACGCAAUCGCCCGCUACCUGGCGCGUCGGUUCGGGAUCAACGGCCAAGGAGCGUGGGAGGAGGCUCAGGUGAACGCGCUCGCGGAUCAGUUCAAGGACUACUUCUCGGAAAUCCGUCAGUACAACGUUGUCAAGAUGGGAUUCGCCGAGGGGGACGCCGAACAACUGUACAAAGACGUGUUCCUGCCGGCCUUCAAGAAGAACUACGCGGUGUUUACCAAAUUUUUGAAGGAGAACGGAAGCGGAUACCUCGUCGGCGACUCGCUGACACUCGUGGAUCUUCUGCUCGCUCAGCACACUUCGGAUCUCCUGCCCGACAGUGGAAGCGUGUUCGCUGCCAGCAAGGAUCUCUUCGAUGAGUUCCCCGAGCUCAAGGAGCAUCAGAAGAGGAUCCAUUCGAUUCCGAACAUUAAAAAGUGGAUUAAGACGAGACCCGUCACACCUUUCUAA